GCUAUAUUUACAAUUAAAAUUUUUUUUUGGAAAUUUCUUUCAAUUAAAAUAUCAAUGAAAACCAGCGGUACCUAUUUAUGCAACCCUCCAUGCCACACAUACCAGCACAAGUGAUUUUGUGUGCCACCGCAAACAGAUGAGCACGCUGCCAUGUCAAAGCCAUCAAUAUUAAUCAUAGAACCGUUUUUUGGAGGUAGCCACAAGCAGCUGAUCGAUACAAUCAUCGAGUGCUUAAACAUCUGUGACUAUGAAAUAUUUAGUCUUCCAGCGAAGAAAUGGCAUUGGCGUGCGCGUACCGGCGCUUUAUAUUUCUCACAAAUCAUACCGGUGGAUCAUGAUUACAAAGUGCUUUUCACCAGCUCAGUGCUGAACUUGGCUGAGCUGUUAGGCGUACGUCCAGAUUUGGUUAGCUGUAAGAAAAUUGUUUAUUUUCAUGAAAACCAAUUGGUGUAUCCGGUGCGUGAGGUUAAGGAGCGUGACUGUCAAUAUGGUUUGAACCAGAUACUAACAUGCCUUUCAGCCGACAAUAUUAUCUUCAAUUCGAAUUUCAAUCGCACCUCCUUUCUGGACAGCAUUACACCAUUUCUCAACAUACAGCCCGAUUUUAAAUUGAAGCACAUACGCGAUAAAAUUGAGAAAAAGUGUGAAGUGUUAUACUUUCCUAUCAAAUUCCACGCUUUCCCAAAUAAACGACUGAUGAUUGGUGGUGCGGAGCCAUCUCUCACCUCAUUAAUGAGUGACAAAGACUGUUUGCAUCUGAUUUGGCCACAUCGCUGGGAGCACGAUAAGAAUCCAAAGCUGUUGGUUGAGGUGCUAUUGGAACUUAACAAGCGACAAGUGGACUUUAAAGUGUCAAUAUGUGGUGAAAAUUAUCAGGCAGCACCGGAGUCCUUCGAUGGCUUACAAGAUAAAUUGGGUGCAAAAUUAAUAAAUUUUGGUUUCUUGCCGCGUGAUAAGUACAUAAAAACUCUGUUGUCUGGUGAUGUUGUCAUCUCGACGGCGGGCCAUGAGUUCUAUGGUGUAGCGAUGCUUGAAGCCACAUACUGCGGCUGUAUGCCGAUAGCGCCUAAUAAACUCGUCUACCCGGAAAUCUAUCCAAAAGAGAACCUCUACAAUACUUCCAAUCAGCUGAUUAAAAUGCUUUACAAUUGGUGUCGCAACCCGGAAUUGUUUCGGCGUCAACGGGACACAUUUUUCGAAUAUUUUACAUUCGAUCGCUACUCAGCGCAACAUUUAGUGCCUAAAUUCCUAGAGAAAUUGCGCAUUUAAUGACGCACCUCCUACAUUAUGCCAGCUUAUAGGUUUUGUGCAAUAUCUGGCGAAGCAAGAAU